UACACGCGGGCUGCAAUGCACGCAUACAUUACUGAGUUAUACAGUCAUCCCAAAGCAUUGUACAGACUUCGAAGGUUUACAUAGAGAACAGUUCGUCCAUUGAACCAACAAACAUGGUGCUCUCGCGGAAGGCUUUUUUGACGGUUGCAGUUGUAGCGCUGCUUCUUUGCGCCGGCUGCGCGGAAGCCGGCAAGAAGAAGAAGCCCAGCGCUGGCGGCCGCAAGCCUGCCCGCAAGCCCAAGCCCAGCAACGGCAACAAGCCUUCCAAGCGGGCCCCGGAUGUGCUGACUGUAAGUGCCGCCGACGCUCUGGCCCUGCUCGACGGCAAGAACACCACAUUCCUGGACAUCCGCACCGAGGCCAACUUCACCGCCAGCCACAUCGCCGGCGCCGUCAACAUCCCGAAGGCGCUGGUUCGCCAGGCCAUCAACAGCGGCAAGCCCAAGCCGCCGCCCGCCACCAAGAACAUUCUGUGCUACUCCGCGCCCGCCGCCGGCGCCAAGCCCAGCACCGCCACAGACGAGGCCAUCGCCACCUGCCUCUACUUCAAGACCAGCGGCAAGUACCCCGACAUCAAGCUGUACGCGCUGGCGGGCGGCUUCCCGCUGUGGACAGCGGCUGGCUACGCCACGGCGGCCAACUAAAGGCGACUCCGUCCGUUCGUUUCAAGUGAUCCAGCUUAUGUGACAGAUGAUUUGGCGGGUGUCAAUGACAGCGAGCGAAAGUUGUGGGAAAUUCUUUCGCUGGGAGGUGCGGUGGCAUUCAUGUGUGCGAAACAGAGCAGCUGCGCAAGCGUCUGGUCGGGUGGGAGCUGGGGGGCUCUCAAGCUGGUUUGUGUCAUGUCAGCCAGCGCGAAGCGAGCCAUUUUAUAACGCAUGAUGUGAUGUCGUGCGUUGAAAUGGACUGUACAAAUUUUGAAGCGGUGCGCGGGCGGCGGCAGCGGCGGCAGCAGCAGAGGAACGUGGGGCUCCGCAGUCGGCAUGAGCUGCCUCUGAGCGCACACGGUUUCACACGGCUGACACUGGGACCAUUGCGGGGCGGCGCCAGCCGCCCCGCGUCGCUUCGGUUCGGGAGGUGACUGGGGAGCUGCGUGUGAGCUGCGUGUGAACUCACAGGGAUGCAUGGGUUGAGCCCAUGUUGGGUAAUCUGGGCGCACACGGUUUCACACGGUUGACCAGGACCUCGCGGGGCGGAGCCAGCCGCCCCGCGCCUGGAUGCAGAUGAGCGCGACCUGUGGGCGGGACGCCCCUCUUAGUCGGGGCGUCCCGCCCACAUGACCUAUGUGCGAAGGAAACAUGUCACGUUGCGCGGCGAGCUUUGCACGUCGCGGGCUCGCGGCGGAGCGUUUGACGCCCCCGGUCAGGCGAGUUGGAUCUGAGCGCACUCGGUUGUCACACGGCUGGUGUUCUCCAGGUUGGUUUCGGGCGCAUCGUUUCUGGUAGUCCCAACGCCAGCCCGGCCGCCGUCCCGUCCAGCCCGGCCAUCCCAAUACACCAGCCACCUUCCGUCAGCCAGCCAUGGGCGCGACCGUCCACAGCGUUUACCGUCGGUUAGCACGUCGGUUACGAGGUAACAUGUGAAUUCGCAACUUGCGCUACUGACAUGUACCGGAUACGGUCCUAGAGUGUAGGGACCCCGUAUGGCCACCAAUGUCCCAAUGCCCGGCCGCGUACCAGGGUGAUCAGGUCUGGACGCUGACGCGGGGACAACCAAUGAUGAGCGAUUCAGCCACGGAGGCUGGCUGCUGCUGCUGGCGCGAGGCAGGCUGACGCAGUCUAACGUAGUGGGAUGCUAACGUUUGGGAAGCGAAGGAACGGACAAGGCUAAUG